AUGUGGCUGUCCGCCAGAACAUGCCUGAUCAUUGCGGCUUGUAGUGUGGUUCUCGAUGCUGCCGAGCAGCGCCAGAGGCAUGAACGGCCCCACAUCUUAUUCCUCAUGGUUGACGAGAUGGAUGGGCGCCUGCUUGACGAUGAAACCCCCCAGUUCAAGCCACCGUUGCCGAACCUGCGGGCCCUCAUGAAGAAUGGGACAUACUUCCCGAACACUUACAGCAAUUCUCCUUUAUGUGUUCCUGCCAGAACCUCAAUGGUAACUGGAAGGUACAAUUCGGAUAUUAAGAUUUGGGACAACUUUGUUGGCAUUGCGAAUGUUAACGGUGACGACACCCAGAUAGAUCAAAGAUGCCUGACGGCAUACUCGCGCCGAGAAUGCCUUGAGUUUGCGGCCUCACAGAACAUCAACGGAACGUUCUUCGACGUUCUAGCGGACCAGGGCUACAACCUCACCCUUUGGGGAAAGGUCCAUGCCGGAGGUGGUGUUGAACGCUUUAGCCGGCACAUCUUCAACGACCCUUUUACUGGAACAGGUUUGGUCCGCGAGUCGGCCAAAGCCUGGACGCGGUCGACAGGUGUGGCCUCGAAGUUGCAAGACCCGACAGAUUGGCUACAAAGACCGAUCGAUGUACCGAAGCCAGCAGAGAACUUCUUCGACUAUCCGACUGCCGAUGAGUGCACGCGCUUGCUGGAGCAAGGGCUCUUCAAGUCAUCUACACCUCAGUUUCUUUAUUGCUCCUUCGCCGUGCCACACCCGCCCUAUCAGACAAACAGUACGUAUUGGAAUGCAGUCGGACCGCUUGGCAAGCAUGCGAUGCCCACACUGGUUCCACGGGACAAGCUGCACCCAGCCGAUGAGUACGCAGUGCGAUCCAAGCAGUUUUGGAAUUUGGACAAUUGCAAGCCAGAACACAUUGAGCACUUCCGGCGUGUCUAUUUUGCAAUGUGCGUCGAAGCAGAUCAUUUGGUGGGAAGGAUUUUAACGGCCUUCUGGGAGAACGUGGACCCUGACGAUGCAUUCGUCAUCUUUGUAUCUGACCAUGGGGAGCUGAACCUCGAGCAUCGGCAGUGGCAGAAAAGCUCCAUGAAGGAGGCCUCGGCUCGCAUCCCUCUAAUUGUUUCUGGUCCUGGUAUGCCAAAAGGCCGGAGGGUUCAGUCACUUGCCUCCUUGAACGACAUCUAUCCAACGCUUUUGGACAUCGCCGGGGCUGGCUCACGUGUGCCAGCAGACAAACUUGCGGGGGAGUCCGUUCUUCCGAUUGCCCGUUGGGACCAUAGGAAGAAGAACUAUGUUGUUUCUGAGUACUACGACACUUUUUCAAGGACAGGGACCUUCAUGGUGCGACAGGGCCAGCAGAAGUUAAUAGUCCAUGCUCCCCUGGAGAAUGGGGUGCGCUGGCCAGCACAGCUCUUCAACAUUGCCACGGAUCCAUGGGAGCUGACGGAUUUGGCUGCUGAGCUCCCAUCCGAGGUGAGCCGCUUAGAGGCGCUGCUUCGGAGGGAGUUCGACUUAGAAGCCGUGGACGCACAGAAGAAGGCAUAUGAUCACAAGAUGUUCAUUAGCUACGUCUAUCGCAGAUAUUCCGGGCCGGCUGGGUGCCAGAAGGCGAUGAGAGUCGCCUUUCCCGGUUUCGAUGAGGAAGACGCCAAACUUGUUGAGAAGUGGCUUGGGAAACCUUGCUGCAAGGUGUUGGACGGCCGCGUUCAGCGCAAGGCAAAGUUCCACACGCUGGCUUGCCCGUCAAAGACGGGCCAAAAAGUGCCUUCCUCAUAG